AAACACUUCUCCUCUUAAAUGUCGUCAUAAAAACAGCCACAUCACGGAAUUGAAUUGAAUUCAUCCUCCCACUUUCUUUUAUAAAUUUCCCACUUCCCAAGCACCCCCUCCCCCACACCAUGGGUCCUCGACCAGUGCCGACGCCCCCGCUUUUCACUGUUGUUCAGUGAAAAAUUAAGAAAUUAACAUCGCCCCACUACUGUUUGUUCUCUCAUACAUAACGCCAACGAAAGCCGCCUCCCCCACCAUCACCCCUUCUCUCCAGAUCCUCCCCUCUCUCUCUCUCUCUCUCUCUCUCUCGGUCGCUCUGUCUGGGCUCAUGCAUCUCCCCGGAGCUACUGCGUGGACGAGAGGAUAGGCUUUGCGACUGCAUGCGUGCUCUGAUGACGCACUUUGUGCAGGUGGGAUGAUCAUGCUAUUUGAGUAAUUUAUGAGUGAUAUCCUGUAGUUAGAGCUCUAAAGAUUGGGUAGGCCAGAGAAACAGGGAAUUCCUAGAUUUUCAGUUUUAGCCCCCUUGAUAUUUUUGGGAGUUGGGUGUUUGAGUUGCAGUGUCCUGCCUGGAACAAUGAUGAUGUUUGAUGAUAUGGGAUUCUGUGGUGAUCUUGAAUUCUUCUCUGCUCCACCGGCCGCUGCUGGUGGGGUAGUAGCAGAUGUGCCUGCCUCGCAAACUGAACUGGAGGCGGCUGCUGAGGAUGAUUAUACUGAUGAGGAGAUUGGUGCGGAUGAACUUGAGAGGAAGGUGUGGAGGUACAAGAUGCGCCUGAAGCGGCUUAAGGAGCAGAAUAAAUGCAAGGAUGGAGUUGAUGUUGCAAAGCAAAGGCAGUCCCAAGAGCAGGCAAGGAGGAAGAAGAUGUCCAGGGCACAAGAUGGGAUCUUGAAAUACAUGUUGAAGAUGAUGGAAGUUUGUAAAGCACAGGGUUUUGUUUAUGGUAUUAUCCCAGAGAAGGGGAAGCCAGUGAGUGGUGCAUCUGACAAUCUUCGAGAAUGGUGGAAGGAGAGGGUAAGAUUUGAUCGUAACGGCCCUGCUGCUAUAGCCAAGUACCAAGCAGCCAAUUCAAUACCAGGCAAGAAUGAAGGGUGCAAUUCAAUUGGUCCUACUCCGCACACAUUGCAAGAGUUGCAAGACACUACUCUUGGUUCACUGUUGUCGGCACUGAUGCAGCAUUGUGACCCCCCACAGAGGCGGUUUCCAUUGGAGAAAGGCAUUCCUCCACCAUGGUGGCCCACUGGAAAUGAGGAAUGGUGGCCUCAGCUGGGUUUGCCCAAGGAUCAGGGACCUCCACCUUACAAGAAGCCUCAUGAUUUGAAGAAAGCAUGGAAGGUUGGUGUUCUUACAGCUGUGAUCAAGCACAUGUCCCCAGACAUCUCUAAAAUUCGCAAGCUGGUGAGGCAGUCUAAGUGUUUGCAGGAUAAAAUGACUGCUAAGGAGAGUGCCACCUGGAUUGCCAUCAUUAAUCAGGAGGAGGCUCUGGCUCAAGAGCUCUACCCUGAUAGCUGCCCUCCUGUAUCCUUUGGCAGUGGGAGUGGGUCUUUUGUCAUCAAUGAUAGCAGCGAAUAUGAUGUUGAAGGGUCUGAAGAUCAACCCAGCUUUGAUGUGCAGGAGAGCAAACCUGAUAAUCUCAAUCUGCCCCAUCUGGGGAUGGAGCGAACCAGAGAGAGGCUGCCAGCUCCACAGCCUUCUUAUCCAGUCAAGGGAGAGAUCACUAACAACUCGGAAUUCGUUGGGAAGAGGAAGUCAUUGGGAGACCUAAACCUGAUGAUGGAUCACAAGAUCUAUACGUGUGAGUUCCUUCAAUGCCCUCACAGUCAACUUCGCCUUGGCUUUCUUGACAGGAUCACGAGGGACAAUCAUCAAUUGACUUGCCCAUAUCAAAGCCAUUCACCAGAUUUUGGAGCAGCUACAAAUUUUCAUGCCAACGAAGUCAAACCUGUUUUGUUCCCUCUAUCCUUUGUUCACUCCAAGCCGGCAACUCCAAUGCUAAACCCAACUCCUCACUUUGAUUUAUCUGGGGUAGGAGUUCCAGAAGAUGGACAAAAAACUAUUGGUGACCUUAUGUCGUUCUAUGAUUCGAAUGUUCAAGGAAACAAGACUGCUGCAGAUACUGUCAACAUAACUGGAUUAGAACAACAAAAUCUACUGCACCAGCCAAAAGCUCAACAACACCAUGAGUUCCUCCGUGUUCAAGGACCCAGUUCUGUGGGUGUGGGUAACAUUUUUGAAGAAGCAAACAAAACCAUGAAUCAUCAGAUGUUUCCGAAUUCUCCAUUCGAGACAAACCCAAAUGAGAACAGUUUCCAGUUGAUGUUUGGGUCUGCCUUCAAUUUGGGAUCCGUGGAUUACUCAGAAGGUUUACAGGGCGGCGUGGCAUUGGAUCCAAUGCCAAUGCCAAAGCAGCAGAAUGCUCAAUUCUGGUGCCAGUGAAAAGGGUCUUUGUGCAUGGUGUCUCCUCUACCACCCCUCCUUCCUCUGGUGGUAAACUUCCAUUUGUCCAAACAUGUCAUCAGAUUAUGGUGUUUUCCCUUUCCUUUACUUUCCAUUCCUUUGUUGUGUUGUUGUAGAAGUUUUAAGUUAGCAUGUCCUAUGUGGGCUUUAAUAAAAGAAAGAAAAAAAGGUUGUGAGGGGGUCCCAUUUUCCACCCUGCUGUUUGAGAAACUAUAUAAGAAUAUAUAUAUAUAAAUAUGUAUUGCUGUUAUAUAAAUAAAAUAGGCGACUUUUGUGUUUUCCA